GGCGUGUCCCAAUGGAGCACCAAGCAUUGCCCACAUUGCAAGAAGUUGCAGCGACAUUGCAGAAGCUCGGCGUUGAGCACGAGCGCCAGCUGUCGGAACUGCGGCGUCAGGUGGAACUGCUUGAGACUCAAGUGAGAAGUGAGGUUCCAGCUCUUCCAGAGUCGCAGGCACCCUCGGCUCCGGCACCUGAUGGGCAUCCGGAAUCCCUGCCCCUGGGGCAAGGCGUACAGCAUCCCCAGGAAACUGGUGAACGCUCCGAGGGCUCAUUGCGUGCCAUGUUCACCUACCCCGAGCUCCCGGGGAUGCUGAGCUCGGGCACGCUGAAAAAGCGGGCAGAGGACGACACGUCGAGCUCCUCUUCGAGCUCCAGCUUGGUAUCCAAUCCAGCAGGAGGUAAACAUAUCACAGUCACUACCACUUGGGCAUCAAAGCAAUAUCGUGCCCCUGGCUUGGACAGCGGAGAUGACAAGCUUCCAAACUUGAAAGACGUCAAGAACCCAGUGGCGAAACGCGCCGACUCAGCACAUUUUAAGCUUCAUCCCUUCUUCAACGAAGCUCAGAGGGCUGGUCUUCGCCGGGAGGACUCUGUCAGGUUGGAGCACGUCACGAAUCUUGCGAUGGCAGGACUCUCUGUCAGGGAUCGAGAAGAUGGUGAAAAUCAACACCUGGAUAAGGAGAGCAACAAGCUCAGCAGGCUCAUGACCUCCGACCAAUUAGAGGCCGAUCAGCCUAAGAAGCCACCUUGGUUUGUCUCACUGCCGGGGAAUCGAAGGAACGUCUUCUGGGAUGUGGUGGGAGCAAUCUUCGUCCUUUACGACUGUUUCAUGAUUCCCUUGCGUGUCUUUAAUCCACCUGUGACGACCAUGGUCGUCACCACGGAAUGGAUGGGACUGCUUUAUUGGACCUUCAACAUUCCCGUGACGCUCACCUUGGGCUAUGUCGUGGACGGGCAAGCAAUCAUGGAUCCAUACCGCAUUUUCAUACAUUAUUUGAAGACCUGGUUCAUCGUGGAUGCAACAGUGUUACCCUUCGACUGGACCUUUGCGAUCAUGGACUUGGUGGCUGAGGAGAGCUCAGGCGACGGGGAAGUGGUGAAGCUCUUGAGGGCCUUCCGUUUGGUGCGCACUGCACGGCUGAUCCGACUGUUGAAGCUGAAGUGGAUAUUGGAAGCGAUCGACGACAUUUUUGAAUCCGAGAUGGCAGGAAUUUGGAUGAAGAUUGUGAAGAUGGUUUUGUUGCUAUUGGCCAUCAACCACAUCAUUGCGUGUGUGUGGUACUUGUUGGCCAUUGGUCACGAGGACAUUCAGCGCACGUGGUUAUCUCAAGAAGACUUGGAUCGUGCUGAGUGGGACUACAAGUAUGCAUGUGCAUUUCACUGGUCGAUUACACAGUUUACACCCGCAUCAAUGGAAAUUGCGCCACAAAACAUGUCGGAGCGGACUUUCACCAUCGCAGUUGUGGUUUUUGCCCUGGUGGGAUUCUCCUACGUGGUGGGCAGCAUCACUGGGUCCUUGGGCCAGCUGCGAAGCAUGUCAGAGCACACCGUCAAGGAGUUCUGGAAGCUGCGGAUGUUCCUCAAGAGACACAGGGUUCCACCACCCUUGGCCUUGCGCAUCAAACGCUUCGUGGAGUUCGAAUUUCAACGACAACAGAAGAUGAUGCCUUUAGAGACGGUCGGGGUGUUGAAGCUCCUGUCUGAACAGAUGAUGAGUGAAUUGCAGGCUGCCAUCAACAUUCCUCACAUGUCUGUGCAUCCCUUGUUCCAGCAGCUUCGCGACAAGAGUUCACUGGUGAUGCAUCGCAUUUGUAACACGGCUCUGGGGCACAAGCAACUGGCACCAGGCGACCUUCUGUUUAUGCCUGGUGAGCAGGCGAGCUGUAUGUAUUUCCUGACCACUGGUCGGCUUUGGUAUCGCAGGUCUUUGCCGGAUGAAAACGAUGAGGUGGAAGGCAAAGGCGAAUGGGUUGAAGCAGAUGAAGAUUGGAUCACAGAGCCAGGGAUUUGGUUGGCCGAAUGGGAGCACCUGGGGUCAGCGACAGCCACACGACCUUCUUCGGUGAUCAAGUUGAGGAGUGAACAUCUCUAUGAGGUCGUGAGGCAAUGUCCUCCUGCACUGUGUAAGUUCCUCAAGGAGUAUGCCACCAGGUUUUUGAGGUGGUUGGACGAAACAGAAUUUGAGGACUUGUCUGACAUCUUCCAGGGCGAUUUGAAUUCAGAUCUGAUCAUGGGCUUCAUUCCCAACAGCGACAACACUGACAACAUGGCAGGGGUCAGCGAGGAAAGCUUGAAGGCCGCUGGGGAGAAUAAUUUUUUGGGAAAUCAAUUUCGAAGAAUGAGUCGUGUCUUUGGCAGCAAAGGUGAAGAAGAAGGCUAAGUUCACGAUUCUUCAAAGUGGUCUCCAGCAACGCUGGAACCGACUCUUCGAUGUAUAUUUUUCAAAUGGGGAUGCCUGGUUUCGCAACGCGAGCAAUGAGGGUGAGAAGAUUGAAG